UUCUCACGCACGAAAUCUAAUUAUAUCAAAGUGGCAUAGAAAUGGAUCAAAUUCGCAAAAGAAUGUGCCUUUCAAAUAAUCUCGUGUGGAAAAAUUCGUUAGUUGAGUAGUCUGCAUUGUCAAAAGCGUAUUUUAUUUAAACUAAUAGGACCUUUAUUCACAUCGAGAAAUGCAUUAGAUGUGUAAAAUUUCACAGUGUAUUUCAAUGUUGUAAGUACUGGUUUGUAUAUAAGUACAUGUGGAGGUCACAGAACCACUUGUGGGUGUGGAUAUUAUUAUUUUCCGGCGUAUACAGAAAAGAUUACCUCCGCAAAUGGUUACAGGUGAAUAUGUAUGUGGUAAGUUAUACCGAUACAGAACAUAUACUAAUAUCUAUCUACACUCACGCCCACCGUACUGUCUCCUACAUAAUGCACAUGGCAUCUCCGCGGUUCAGUGUAGAUAUCUGGACACACAUUAUCCAGCAUCUGAGUUCGAAGGAUGUUCUGGAGCUCUCAGUCUCCUCGCGCCACUUCCACAGUUUGGGUAUGUUAGCUAUGUGGCUGGCUGUGGGAGGCAAAGCUUCGUUUAAUAAUACCAGCGACUUGGAUAAGUUCGUCUCUUACUAUCAGGAUUUUGUUACUUCCCUCCAUUAUUUUCCUGGCCGACUGGGCCAGCCUCAACACGGAGAUAACACCCGUGUUACGAGCCAUAUCGCCGACUUAUUGCCACUCGCGCGAUGUCGCAACCUACACAUAAUUACACUAGACUUACGCAACCUUGACGCCAGCCUUAAACCUCUGGUGAACGCCCAAGUGAUAGACCCCGCCCGUUAUAUCCGACAUUGCCGUAGUACCAUCAGUGUCGCACCACUUGCGCAGAUAGCUGCGCAAUCUGAGUAUUCUUGUCAUGGAAAUGGUCGUCGAUUGGGAUACACUAGAAAUGUGCCCGGAUCUGCAAACACUUGACUUAUCUGUUGUACUCAGUGAUUUCGAUCUGAAGCCUGUACUGUGUUCUUCCCUACGUGCACUCGAUAUUACUUUGGCACCCCUGGUGUCUUGCAAAAAUCUACACACUCUCACCAUCUUUAUGAAUCAGCAUAUCACCAGCAUUGAACCGCUUGCCUCGUGCGUGGCGUUAAAACACCUCAAAUUGGCUGCUUGCUUGGGCCUCACAACUAUUGCACCGCUAGCCUCCUGUCACAGGUUACAGAGUUUCUCUACAUACACUUGUCCAAAUAUAACAAGUUUUGCAGCGCUUUCCCAGUGUCCAAAACUAGAAACGGUAAGAAUUUCCGGCUCUAGCCAUAUUCGUUGUCUCGAUGUAUUUGCGUCUUGCCGUAGUCUACGGGCACUGUAUAUAAACAGGUGCAAGAAUAUCGUCAAUCUCGAGCCGCUUGCUACCUGUUCGGCUUUGCGUAAAUUAUACAUAAAUCAAUGCGACCGUAUUACGAGCCUCGAGUCUCUCGCAGCGUGUCAGGCUUUAGAAACUCUGACCAUCAAAGAGUGCUCAGGUUUUACUAAUGUUGCACUGCUGGCUGCUUGCCAGGCAUUAAAGACCCUAACCAUCAAAAACUGUUCCAAUUUGACUGAUCCGAGCGGUUUCAGUGCUCUGCUGCCCCUGUCGGUCCCUAAAAAUCACGUACGGGGAUUGAAUGUGAAAUAAAUGACAGUUAAACAUUGGUAC